AUGACGAGCGUCCUCACGUAUGGCGCGGUGGGGAAGAACCCCAUGGCGCAGAAGUAUGGCCAGAUGGCGGCCGCCGCCUCUCUUUGUGGUACAAAGAAUUUUGUGUACACCAAGUGUCACGAUGACCCCCACGCCUUUCCGCGUCAUCACCACCGCCAGAGUGAUGUGCCCUGGAAAGACUCCUUCACGUGGAAUAGGUUCCGCUGGUGGAUUCAUGACCUCCGCAUGUUUGGACUUUGGGGUGCAUUCCGACGGCAUUACUACAUUGGCGAACCUUGGCGCCGGAAGGAUGAAAAGAUUUUUGUCGGCAAGGAUGAGAACGGAAACAAGUACUGGCUUACACGCCGCAGCCAGGGCGGCUUCACCGUCCGCAUGGUAGAACCCGUGGAUCCCCACUGGUUUCGUGGGCAGGCUCCACACACGGCCUCACCUAUGUGGCUGAAAUGGUUGCAAGGCAACGCCGCCCACACCCCGGCCCAAGUCAAGGCGAGAGGAGAAUGGGGUCACAACUCCCGACUCGGCAUGCCGCUGCCGUUCAAUGUUAAGUACGAUGAGUUUUCCCCCAUCAAUGCUGGUGAAAUCUUCUCACGUGACCCCAUGUGGGUGUCUGCGCCUGGCUUGCUAGUAAACCCAGAGCGACGUGCUUUAGAGGAGGCUGGUUACUCCCGUUGGGUGAUUAACAAGGGAAUGCCAUUGUAUAUGCCUUUCUGUGGUGUACACGAUUACCCAGAUGAACUUGUAGAAGAAUAUUAUAGGGGACAAUGGGCCUUUGGGCGCGCCAGCAAAGGCAACGAUCAUGAUGAAUGGAGAAACUAG